AUGUUAAGAACGAUCAGUAGAGCAGCUUAUGGCAAGCGCCUAAAUCAAAUACCCGUGGCUAAUCACAGCUUUCAAUUGUGCAGAUUUUAUUCUAAGGAUGCCAAUAACGAUCAUAUAUUUAUACAUUCCAUCGCCAACAGCAAAUUUAAGUUCUCGUUGUCACCAAAAGAAAAUGCAUUGCCCAUAGGCUACAGUAAAGAAGAAAAAGUCAAUACUGCUAAUUUCGAAGAUAAUAAUGAGUUUUUGUCAGUCCUCCAUUCAAAAAUUGCCCUGGAUGUCCACAACGAUUUUGCUUUCAUCGUUGAAGCAGGAACUUUUGCCAAUUCCUAUAUGCCGAUAUAUGAUUUUAGGGAAAUUCCAAGCUAUAGCCGUGUUCCUGAAGUUGAUAAUAUAUUUGGAUACGUCCAUGUGAAUGAAGAGGGCAAGAUUAUUCCUGGUUCGUAUGAACCAAACAGUAUGUAUAGGUUGUGCAACGGUGCUGGUUUACCUCGUUUAAGCGACCAUCUCUAUGAGUUGGUGAGACAAAAAUGCGAGUCGGCCAAGUAA